GAAACAUUUUUUUUUCUCCCACGGCGGAAGCUUACCAGGCGCGGAAGUGGCUCGACCAGUUUAUUUCGAUGGCUGCGAUGACCGGAAAAUGCGGAACGGAUUUCCUGAUUCCUACACGCAGCACACGAGGUUUAGCCUAUGGUUGCGAAGGAUCCCGGAUCAUAAGAAAAUGCCAGCAGACUUAGCCACAACAACCACCACCACAUCACCAACAGUAGCAGCAAUGUGUGGUGGAAGGAAAUAUCAUCACUACAUCAAUCGUCCAGUUCCUCAGUCACUAUUGCGACUACAGGCUGAUCCGUCACUGAUCGUAUCACCAUUGCCGCCACCAACAGCAACGGCAGCACCACCAAAUCCAAAAGCAGAUAACCGCAGGGAACGUUUCUUGCAUUACCCCACCUGUUACGAUUAG